CCAACUCUCUAUUCUGGCCCCCAUGGGCACUGCACACAAGUGGUUCACAGACGCACAUGCGGGCAAAGCACCCAUGCACGUAUAAUAAAACAAACUUAAAGAAUGGCGGGUGAUGAAUUACUUAAAAAACCGAGAGGCUCUUUAUGCCAAGUUCCUCUUCUCUAGACACCUGGAUCUUCUGUGAGUUGUGACCAAAGGUGGGCGGAGGAUGUUUGUUCACAAGCAGGCGGUUGAAGCUUAUUCCAAAACAAAUCCUUACCCUUGGCACUGUUGACACAUCAGGCUGGAUGGUUCUUCAAUCUGGAAGGUGUUUCAAGACAUACAAAUGGCCAGCAGCAUCUCUAGCCUCCUCCUGCUAGAUACCAGCAGCAUGCAUCGCACUCUAUGACAAGGAUAGGUACUGGAAUUGUCACAUACCCCCGCUGCGGGCGGCAAAAUGGGCCCUUCCCACAGGGAACCAGCGUUUGGGGUUCGGGACCCAGAGGAAGGCUGGUAUAGAAGACUGUGGGGAAGGAGGUUGUCAGCUGCUCUCGAGUCCAGAUGGAGCCACAAGGAAAGGCCCGUCUCUGCCUCAGUUUCUUUAUCCUGCAGGCUGUACUGUUCUGAGCCGUCAGUCUUAGUCACAACUACAGAGGCUCAUUAAUCUCCCAUUAAUUGAGCUGAUGGGCAGUUGGCCGCCUCUCCUCCUCUUUCCUUCUUGUCUAGCCCUGCCUAAGGGCGUAGGCACUGGUCAUGCCAAACCACUAGUCCCCAUGAGCCCCAGCUGCCCCAGCUCCAGGCCUCCUACCCUGAGGAUCUCAGCUCUCUCCAUCCCCUCUGCCGCCCUGUUCCCUCAGGGAGCCACAGCCUCGCUUCCAACCCACCAGGGGACUCACAUUUCUUGGGGGGGGCUGGGUUAUGAGCCCACAGCCUGGCGCAUGUUAGGCAAGCACUCUCCACUGAGCCACAUGCCCGACACUGGCAAAGGACUGAUGAUGACUGUCUCCUGCAUGUUGGGCACUGUCCCAGAGACGAGGGCUAUGGAUGUGGUGGGGACACAAACAUUGCCCCAGGAUGCCCGCAGUGUAGGGGGCCUUCACAUAAACCAGCUUUAGGGAGGGGUAGGGGCUCCUCUCCCCAAGAGCUCCAGUGGAGCUGAUCUCAAAGCUAAUGCUUGCUUUAGGUAAGGAAUGAGUGAAGCCUCAGGCGCAGGGUUCAGAGGGGAUGUGGAGGUGAUUUCUCAUCAAGUCCCACAACUGAGACCUUUCAUUGAGGGGAAAGUGGGGGUGGUGGAACUUCCGGAAAUAGGAGGCGCACAUUUCUGAGCAGGGGUAGGGAAAGCUGCGGGACUGGGGUGGUAGGGGAGGGAUGGGAAGGACAGGUGUCCCCCUUGGCUGGACAACCCUGCCUAUCUUGUCCCUGUCCCUGCCUCAGCUAUUCCCACAGCCUGUCCUAUCACCUUACAAAUCUGAAAGCAGCGGUCUGUGCGCAGUGGCCGUCCAUGUGAGGGUGCCCCUUCUCUGCUCUUUCACCUGGGUCUUGGGGACACUCCACCCAGGGCAGAAAGUGUGGCCAUGUGUGAGUACGGGGUGUGGAGCUGGAUGACGCCAGAGACACAGGAGGGUGAGUGUGUGCCUCCUCCCAGAGCCUGGACCUGUCCAGAGCCCUGUCCAAUCCUUCUAGAACAUGAGCAUUGGCUCAGAGCCUGCAGCCACCCCUUACAAGUCAUUCCUUCUGCAGGGGCUGGAUAAGGAGGCAGGUUGGCUACCCCACCCAGAUCCUUUCCCUGUCCCCAGAUCCCACCCCUUUGGUGGGACCCAGGUACCUAGCUCCAUGACACAGCUGCGGUCUCCCAUUAUCAGGGCACCCCUGUGGGUGGGGCAGCUCCAUUUACUCAAGGCUUAGUUCAGAGUAGCCCCAGCCUCCAUGACGUCAAACCUGAUCCCUUAUAAGAUGAAGGGACCCCGGCCCAUCGUCCCUCAGCGGCCUCCCAGCUCUGACAUGGCUCAGCUGACCAGCGGCUUCUGCUCCAUGUUUGGCUUCCUCUGCUGCCUCUUCUUCCUUCCAGCUUCUUGGAAGGCAGGUGCUAACACAUUUCACGAACUUCAGAAGACUGGUGAAGCUUCAACACCUGAUCAUUUACUCACCCUUACUCCAGGCCUUACUCACGGGGCUCCUUCUGCCCACACUGAUCUGGACCCAGGACAACGACCUCCAGACCUGCCCAAGUCUACAGCAACCCAGAAGCCCAAAAAUCAGUGCAACAAAGUACGCCUUGCCAAACCAGUUCAUAAACCUCUAGACAACUCCAAAGCCAUUGACUACCAAAACACCACUGUUCAUCAUGAAAUGACUCCUGCUUUGGAAAAGAACUCCAGCAACCAAAGCAAAGACCCAAUGAUCCGGAAUGGACGCUCAGCUGAUGACCCCAAAUCCACUAACACAGAGAAAGGAUCAGAGGGACGUCAUUCAACCUCAGCACCCAGGAGGAGAACGACGUGUAAGUCUACAACAAGCAAAGCCAGAAUAACGAGGAACUCGGGUACACCAUCCAGACCUGCGGACACCAGCGCUAGGCUAAGGACCACCUCACAUAAACCCACAACUCCUUCCCAUGACUCAGAGCUCCACAGAGAAACCACAUCUUCCUCAGUAAAAUCCUCAGAAGCCCCAAGGACCUCAUACAGGACUCCAAGGACCCCAGCAACACCAGGAGAGGAAGGUCACAGGACUCCAUUUGCCUCAGACAAGCCUGUCCAAGUGACUACAGAACAUACAGAACACAUCAAAGAGACCACAUCGGCCAGUGAGAGGACCACAAGAUCCCAAGAGACUCCGGCAGAGCAUGAAGGAGAGAAUAUAUCAACUAAUGAGAGGACCACAAGACCCCAAGCAACACUCACUCAGUAUGAAAGAGAGACCCUAUCAGCCAAUGAGAGGACCACAAGACCCCAAGCAACACCCACUCAGUAUGAAAGAGAGACCCUAUCAACCAAUGAGAGGACCACAAGAUCCCAAGCAACACCCACUCAGUAUGAAAGAGAGACCCUAUCAGCCAAUGAGAGGACCACAAGACCCCAAGCAACACCCACUCAGUAUGAAAGAGAGACCCUAUCAGCCAAUGAGAGGACCACAAGACCCCAAGCAACACCCACUCAGUAUGAAAGAGAGACCCUAUCAGCCAAUGAGAGGACCACAAGACCCCAAGCAACACCCACUCAGUAUGAAAGAGAGACCUUAUCAACCAAUGAGAGGACCACAAGAUCCCAAGCAACACCCACUCAGUAUGAAAGAGAGACCCUAUCAGCCAAUGAGAGGACCACAAGACCCCAAGCAACACCCACUCAGUAUGAAAGAGAGACCCUAUCAACCAAUGAGAGGACCACAAGAUCUCAAGCAACACCCACUCAGUAUGAAAGAGAGACCCUAUCAGCCAAUGAGAGGACCACAAGACCCCAAGCAACACCCACUCAGUAUGAAAGAGAGACCCUAUCAGCCAAUGAGAGGACCACAAGACCCCAAGCAACACCCACUCAGUAUGAAAGAGAGACCUUAUCAACCAAUGAGAGGACCACAAGAUCCCAAGCAACACCCACUCAGUAUGAAAGAGAGACCAGAUCAGCCAAUGAGAGGACCACAAGAUCCCAAGCAACACCCACUCAGUAUGAAAGAGAGACCACAUCAGCCAAUGAGAGGACCCCAAGACCCCAAGCAACACCCACUCAGUAUGAAAGAGAGACUCUAUCAAACAAUGAGAGGACCUCAAGACCCCAAGCAACACCCACUCAGUAUGAAAGAGAGACCACAUCAGCCAAUGAGAGGACCACACAAUCUCAAGUGAUGCUUACAGACUAUGAAAGAGAGAGUGUAUCGGCCAAUAAGGAAACCACAAGAUCCCAAGCAACACCCACUCAAUAUGAAAGAGAGACUAUAUCAGCCAAUGAGAGGACCUCAAGCCCUCAAGUGAUGCCUAUAGAACAUGAUACCACAUCGGCCAAUGAAAAGACAACACAAGUCUCAGUAGAGUCUACAGAACACCCAGAAGAGGCCACAUCAACCACCCAGAAAGCCACAAAAGUCUCAGAAAGUCCCACAGUAUUCUGGAGGAAAACCACACUGGCCACUAAGACUAUAAAAACUACAGGAAACUCAGAGAAAACAGUGGCAGUUUUAGUGUCCACGGGACCUCCAGUCAAGGCCACAGAAGACAAGUCCACUGCUCUCUCUUCCCAUUUCCAUAAAACUGAGACCACACAUCAGGGACUCAUUGACUCUGUGACAACUAGAACGGACCUGGGACUCAUCACUUCAGAAGCUCAUCACCUCCAGCAGAACAGCCACAGCUCACCUGGAGACCUCCACGCUGCUGGGGCGAGGCAGGAGAGCAAUUCAUUCCCUGCGUGGGCCAUAGUUGUUGUGAUCCUCCUGGCCGUGAUUGUCCUGCUGAUUUCUGUUGGCCUGAUCUGUUUGGUUGCCUGCGCAUCGAGAACACGCCGUGUGCUGGCCCAGAACUCAGAGGAUGCUGACUUUGAGGACGGAGCGGGCCGCAAUUCCUACCCCGUCUACCUGAUGGAGCAGCAGAAUCUGAAACCAAACCAGAUCCCUUCCCCUCCAUGAUCUUGACACCUGCAUCCCCAGCUCUUCCAGGCUUCGCCCCUUUCCUGGAAGAUGAAUUAGACUCAUGACUCCAACUUCCUGGACUUAGAAAGGGCAGCAAAAACUGAGAGAUUGGAGCUGUAAGCCCUAUCGGCCACGUUGUUAACUGACUAGUUGACGAGCAAGGUGGUAAGGGUGACAGUGUGCACUGGGAGGAAAGAGAAGAAUGAAUAAUGCAAGUGCUCUCCGUAGAAAGUGGUGGUGUGAGAAUAAGGCAUUUUAUGGACAGGGGCAGGACCAGUACAAGACUGCGGAUUCUGAGAGAGGCACCUCAGAAGAUAACACCCCAAGAGUGAAAUAAGACCCUGGGGGGCAGGAGGAAUGGAGGCAAGCAUCUCAGAUUUCAAAACUGAUUUAUAGGGCCUGGAGAGAUGGCUUAGUGAUUGGGAGUACUGGCUGUUCUUCCAGAGGACCUGGGUUCAAGCCCUAGCACCCACAUGGCAGCUGACAACGG